AUGGAAAUCUUCGAAGCCAUCGUAAUCCUCCUCGUCAUCGUCCUGAUCUUUACACCGACUCCCAUAACGCAGAUAUGGCACUGGCUUGUCAUCCAAUUUGGCUGGGAAUGGCUACGUCCACAUGGCCCCCCACCUGGAUACCUUGCCCCGCUUCUACUCGAAUUGAAAGGCCUCAGGAGUGAUAUCAAUCUGCAGCUUGCGCCGAUUGUGGACGCCGUGGCUGCCGGAAGAAGUUCGAGAAGGCCUGGCACGGGCGUACAGGGCUGGGAGGAAUCCGUAGAUGGGAAUGGGGAUGGGAGAGACUAA